AUGGAUAAUGAUGGGCUGGAAACAGAGGUAGCUCAAGAGGUACCGUCAGUCGACCUUUUCGCCGGCGAAUCUGAUUACGACGAUGAUGUGUACCGGGCAAAUCAAGUCACUAGCGGUGACGUACCGGCUGAUGUGUCCACAUACACCCAGAAGGCUGCGAAGAAGGGAUCUCUUUUGAGUUUGGACCACCUAUGGCACAACGCAUCGGACCCUACGUAUGAGGCACCUAGGGAGCGCAAAAACGUUUUGUGGGACUUUUUGGUUUACCACAAUCUCAGAGAGGAGCGAGAGGGUCGCUACAUGGCGUCAGUGCAGCAGUUGGAGACAGAAGCCGUGCUCGCCAUUAAGAAGGCCAAGGUAGCAAUACUGACUGAGGUGUCUGAGGGUGCCCAUGAUGGACUAUUUGCUAAUGAUGUGGCGGAAGCUUUCGAUAACCAGGUCACCAAGCUUGUUCACCGCUUUCGCCUAAAUUCCAUGGAUGGAUCGCCGUUGUUUUCCAGGAUGAAUGACGACGUGGACGGUGCUGAACAAAAGGUUGCCCUUUACUCUUACCUACGGAAGAAUGAAGAGUUUUGUAAGCUCAAAUCCAAGCUGGCUGCUAUUAGAACGGCGAAAAAGCGUCUUAUAUCGUCUUCUCUCAUUCGUCUGCUGAGUUCGGUGGACGGGUUACGUGGCAGGGUAGUAUCUGGUCUCUUCGAGCCAAAUUCGCGCGGUUUCAAAAGAGUAACGCUUACACGGUUUUUACGCCACCUAGACAAGAUUUCCAACCGUUCAGAAUUUGCCGGGGAGUACAGGUUUGACUUACUAAAAACGUACGUACAGAAUAGGGAGGAUUUUGAGGCGUUCAUCCAGCACAACGCAACAUUUGCCGAGAACAGCGAUGAUGCAAUGCAUUUUGGGGACUUUGUCAACCAAUUUACUCCAGACUACAAGGAUUUGGAUUUGACAUCCUCUGCUCCGAGAACUGGUGAAGAGCGUCGUGAUAGUUCUGCACACGGUGAUCGGGAGGAACCACCUUCGUAUGAUCACAUGAGGGACUUUAUGAACGCAACUCCACCAGACGAUAUCAUGAUGCCCCCAGAGGAAUUCGACGAACCCAUGUAUUCAGACGAGUCACAUUCGCCUCCUGAUGAACCGGAGGAGCCGUCAGUGGCUGCAUCGAAUGAAGUGCCACAAGCUAAACAAUCGCAACCCGAUGUAACACAUCCAAACGAUGACGACGCACAGCUUAAGCUCUUGGAGGAGGCCCGAAAAAGAGCCGCUGAAAUUCUUAGGAAAAAGCGACUCAGCCGUGUGAACGUGUCAUCAGAAUCUGGCACGGGUUAG